UCGGGGAGGGGAGGGGGGCGGGGGCUGAUUUUUGUGGGAAGCUUCAGGAAGCAGCGGCAGCUUCUGACCCAAACAUCCAGGAGCAGCUUGUUCUCGGUGUCAUCCUUUCUCCUGAUCAUGAAGGACGCGGCGGUCAAACGGCUGGUUGAUGACAUCGUUCACUCUCCAGAGGACCAGAGGGUCUACAGAGGCCUGGAGUUUACCAAUGGUCUGAAGGCCGUGCUGAUCAGCGACCCCACCACCGACAAAUCAGCUGCUGCCCUGGACGUCCACAUAGGGUCUCUGUCAGACCCGGACAGCGUCCCCGGCCUGGCCCACUUCUGUGAACACAUGCUGUUCCUGGGAACGGAGAAGUACCCCAAGGAGAACGAGUACAGCCAGUUCCUGAGCCAGCAUGGAGGGAGCGACAACGCCUUCACCAGCUCAGACCACACCAACUACUUCUUUGAUGUAUCCCAUGAGCACUUGCAAGGAGCUCUUGAUAGGUUUGCGCCAUUCUUCCUGUGUCCGCUGUUUGAUGAGAGCUGUAAGGACCGAGAGUUAAACGCCGUGGACUCGGAGUAUCGGAAAAACCUGAUGAAUGAUGACCGGAGGCUUUUUCAGCUGGAGAAGGCGACAUGUGACCCAAACCACCCCUUCAGGAAAUUCAGAACGGGUAACAAGCUGACUCUAGAGACCAGACCAUGUGAAGAAGGCAUUGAUGUCCGUCAGGAGCUGCUGAAGUUCCACUCCACGUAUUACUCUGCUAACCUGAUGGGUCUCUGCGUGUUAGGACGAGAGUCACUGGAUGAGCUGACAUCAAUGGUGGUGAAGCUGUUUGGAGAAGUAGAAAACAAGAACGUUCCCGUCCCAGAAUUCCCUGAGCAUCCCUUCCAGGAGGAGCACCUCAGGAGAAUCUACAAAGUCGUUCCUGUCAAAGAUAUCCGGAGGUUAUAUGUGACCUUUCCUAUUCCGGACCUUCAUAAAUAUUACAAAUCCAAGCCCGGGCAGUAUCUGGGGCAUCUGAUUGGUCACGAAGAACCUGGGAGUUUGUUUGCAGAGCUGAAAGCUAAAGGUUGGGUGGAUGGACUUCUUGCGGGUCAGAAGGAAGAUGUCCGAGGAUUCAUGUUCUUUAAAGUCAGGAUGAACUUGACUGAAGAGGGCCUCUUGCACGUAGACGACAUCGUUCUCCAUCUGUUCCAGUACAUCCACAAACUGCACACUGAGGGGCCUCAAGAGUGGAUCUUUGAAGAGUACAAGGACUUAAAGGAAGUGGCCUUCAGGUUCUGCGAUAAAGAGCGACCCCGUGACUACGCCUAUCGGGUGGCAGGUUCCCUGCAUUACUAUCCCAUUGAAGAAGUUCUCUCAGGAAAGUUCACCAUGGAUCAGUUCAGACCAGAUCUGAUCCAGACCGUGCUCCAAAAGCUGACCCCGGACAACGUCAGGGUGACGGUGGUGUCCAAGUCCUUUGAAGGGCAGACAGACAGAACCGAGGAGUGGUACGGCACGCAGUACAAGGAGGAGGCCAUCCCUGAUGAGGUCAUCCAGAAAUGGUCAAAUCCAGGCCUGAACCCCAACUUCAGGUUACCCACUAAAAACGACUUCAUCCCCUCCAACUUUGAGACUUUUCCUGUGGAGGAAGACGCUCCUGCAGUUCCCACUUUAAUCAAAAACACCGAUCUGAGCCGCCUGUGGUUCAAGCAGGACGACACGUUCCGUCUGCCCAAGUUGUGCCAGUACUUUGCUUUUUUCAGUCGCCACCUUUACACAGAUCCUCUGCACUGGAACCUGACUGACAUGUUCAUCAGGUUAUUGAAAGACGACCUAAACGAAUACACGUAUGCAGCGGAGCUCGCCGGCUUGAAGUACGAUAUAUCCCCACAGAGGAACGCCAUCACCCUGUCAGUCAGAGGCUACAGUGACAAGCAGCACAUCCUGCUGCAGAAGAUCAUUGAGAAGAUGGUCUCCUUCCAGAUAAACCAGACGCGCUUUGACAUCAUCAAGGAGGAAUACUCGAGACAUUUGAGCAACUUCCGAGCUGAGCGGCCGAUCACACACGCCGCAUUUAAUGUGCGUCUGCUGAUGACGGAGCUGGCCUGGACCAAGGAGGAGCUCAUAGAGGCUCUGGAUGAUGUCAGUCUCCCCCGCCUGCAGGCCUUCCGAGCUCAGCUGUUGUCACGGUUACACAUUGAGGCUCUCAUCCAUGGCAACAUCACUAAGGAGUCCGCUCUGAGGAUGGUGCAGAUGGUGGAGGACACGCUCACUGAGCAUGCUCACACCAAGCCCCUCCCUCCCAACCAGCUGGUCUUCUUCAGGGAGGUUCAAAUGCCAGACGGCGGCUGGUUUGUUCACCAGCAGAGGAAUGAGGUUCAUAAGGACUGCAGCAUUGAAAUCUACUACCAGACGGACAUGCAGAGCACCCACAGCAACAUGCUGCUGGAGCUCCUCUGCCAGAUCAUCAAGGAGCCGUGUUACAACACCCUCAGAACCAAGGAGCAGCUGGGUUACAGUGUGUCCAGUGGGGCUCGGCGGGCUGACGGCGUGCAGGGCCUUCGCAUCAGCAUCCAGUCAAAGCAGGCGCCCCACUACCUGGAGAGCCGCGUGGAGGCCUUCCUCCUCUCCAUGGAGAAGCUUCUGGAGGAGAUGAGCGAGGAGGCCUUCCAGAAGCACAUCCAGGCUCUGGCUAUCCGCCGCCUGGACAAACCCAAGAAGCUUUCUGCUGAGUGUGCAAAGCACUGGGGGGAGAUCACCUCCAGGCAGUAUCAGUUUGACAGAGACAACAUGGAGGUGGAGCAUCUGAAGACUCUGAGGAAAGACAACAUCCUGGAUUUCUUCAGUGAGCAGCUGACCACCAGGAGUCCCAAACGACGCAAACUUUCAGUGCACAUCUUGUCCAGAGAGAUGGAUGCAUGUCCAGCCGGGGGAGGGAGCUCCCAGCAGACUGACGGCAGCCUGGCGCCUGCUUCUUCACCGCCACAGCCUGUCGUCAUUCAAGACAUGACAGACUUCAAGAGGAGUUUGCCUCUGUUCCCGCUGGUCCAGGCUUCCAUCCACGCCGGGGGUAAGCCGUGAGUGGAUGGUUCGACGCCGGCCGGGCAGAAGCUGGUCUGUUUGAUGGGGAUUUAGAGAGAAACGCUGCCGUUUUGAUGACCUUUUGACCCCAAACAUUGAUCCUUGAACAGUUUGUUGGGUUUCUUCUUCUAUGAUCUGCUGCACUCAGAAAAUGAACUUCGUCAUGUUUACGAGUUUAAUCAGCUGUCUGUACUCAGUAAAUUAUGGGAAUUAUUUAAGGAUUUCAGCAUUUUAUCUAUACGUCACUGUAAAGAUUCAGUUUCUAUGGUAAUAAAGGUUGAUUUUUUCUGUU